AUGCUGCGGUAUGCAACAUUUGUCCUUUUCCAACAUGCAUUUGACGCAGUGCAUCCUUCCAAGAUAUGCACAUUUGUGGCAAUGUUCCGGCCGAUAUUUGUGGCACCGUCCGUCGCCAUGACCGAAGGCUACUGGCGUCGUCUGGCCAGGUUCCUCAGUGGUGCUCCAAGCCACAUUCGCCAGAUCGACCAUCGCCAGAAGAAGAAAAAUCCGUCUACGGGAAGUAUGCACAAUGGGUAUGUUGAUGCCAUAUGGUGA